ACUACUUUUGGGAUAGUGGGUUAUAUAUUCAUGUGAAUAUUUCUCCUUACUCACAGUACAAGCACUUAAUCACCCACUAAAGCCACCAAGGAUCCCUUUAAAACACCUGAACCACAGCCUCAUCUUAAUUCUCAUACAAGAUCUGAGCAUCAAGAUUACAACUUGAUUUGUAGCUGUAGAAGAAAAAGAAAAUAAUUAAGAAGGCACAAAAUGGACUUUUGGAAGCUUUUCCUUGUUGCAUUAAUGCCAGUUUUGAAGGUAUUGUUGAUUACUGCUGUUGGGACAUUCCUUGCACUUGAUCGAUUUGACAUUCUCAGGGAGACUGCUAGGAAGAACCUAAAUACUAUAAUAUAUUUUGUCUUCAGUCCAACUCUAGUCUGUAGCAGCCUGGCUGAAACAAUAACUUUAAGGAGUGUGAUUGUAUUGUGUUUCAUGCCAGUGAAUAUUCUUCUCACAUUUGUUGUUGGGACAGUUCUUGGAUUGUUACUUGUUAAAGUAACAAGAGUUCCUCAUCAUCUUCAUGGCCUUGUGUUGGGGUGCUGUGCUGCAGGAAACCUGGGAAAUUUACCUCUUAUUAUAGUUCCAGCUGUUUGUAAGGAGAGAAGCAGUCCUUUUGGAGAUGUCAAUGUUUGCUACAGAAAUGCAUUGGCAUAUGCUUCUCUGUCAAUGGCAUUAGGAUCCAUUUAUAUUUGGUCUUAUGCGUACAACCUUGUACGCAUAUAUGCUCGGAAGGUUUCCAAUGAAGUCAAAGUUGAGGAUUCCAUGGUAAAUAUUCCAGUGGCUGCAACAAAAACUGACCCAGAAGACCUUUCAACAUGUUCCACAGAAUUACCAAUUGUUACUGCUAAUGAUAGAUCACAGAUUGAAAAUCAUGUGAAGCAAUUUGAAAUUCAAUGCACAAUGCCUAAUGAACAAGCAAAGAUUGUUGGUAUAAUAAUUGGUGUAGUCCCUCAAUUUCGAAAACUAUUAGUUAGUGAUAGUGCUCCUCUUCGUGUGAUUCAAGAUUCUGUAGUCAUGUUAGGGGAUGCAAGCAUUCCAGCAGUAACUUUGUUGGUUGGAGCAAAUCUUGUGAAAGGUUUAAAGGGACUAGCAGAGCAACUUCCACUUAUUGUUGGCAUUAUUGUGGUUAGAUGCAUUGCCUUGCCAGCAAUAGGUGUAGGCAUAGUGAAAGGUGCUAUUCACUUUGGCUUGAUCCACCCUGAUCCGCUAUAUGAGUUUCUUUUACUGCUUCAAUUUGCCCUUCCUCCUGCAGUGGCUAUGAGUACGAUCACUCAAUUAUUUGGAGCUGGUGAGGGUGAAUGCUCUGUCAUCAUGUUAGCAACUUAUUCUUGUUCUGCAAUUUCACUUACACUUUGGUGCACAUUCUUUAUGUGGCUUGUACUAUAACUACUUUACAUUGCAAGAUCUUCCUUGACGCUUCAAAAAUGUCUCACUGUCAAGGAAAAUGCAUUUUAAUAAGAUCUAAUAAAUUUAUAUGGAGUUUCACUAAAGUAGAAGUUAUUUAAGGUAAAUCAUAUUUAAGCAAUGUUGAAAGGGAGAAAAGCAUGUAUGUUGCAAUUAACUUGCAACUUUAUUAUGCUUUAAUUUGUAGCAAAAAAUAAAAAUAAAAAAAAGAGAGAAAGAAAAAAAAAUGACCUCUACUAGUCUAAUGUAAGAUUUUUAGGUUAAAAGCAACUCUCAUUUUGCAAUGGAUA